AACAAGCAUACACAGCAAAUAUGAGUUCCUUCACCGCUGAGGUUUUGUCCUUUGUUUCCAACCUUGUGAAGUCCGAAAACAUGGUUCCAAAAAUAUAUGUUAUGCCAAAUAUUAACGAAUCCUGUUCUGCAGUUCUCAGGAAUCGAGGGAAUAAGGGCGAGGUGAGUCUCUUCCUCAUUGAGAACGUUGAGCCACAACCUGCUAAGAAAAGAAGGACAACGGUGGACAACGAGCAGAAUACAAUUGACUUACGCAGUCCAGGUCGUUGCGAGGAAGGAUCUGAAACUAUGAUGUUUGACGAGGCUUUGCCAAAAAGACCAGCUCCAUUAUACUCAGUCCUCGUUCGCCAGCAUAUCGGCCUGGCCUAAUGGCUAACCCGAGGACAUCCUCUGGCUGUGCGGUCCCGUCGUCUGUUCCUUUGCCUUCUCCUAUUCAUUGCCGUGAUAAUUCGAAGGAGGUUAAUGAGCAGGCAAACACCACAAGAGACAGCGAAUGCCUUCUUUCUCCUGGCAAGAAGAAUAGACGUAGGAAACUGGCACUGAGCCAAAAUAUGCCUCCGCCCGGACAAUUAACACAGACAAUUGAUGUUGA